AUGACAACAUUAUGUAGUGGACCACCAGAAACAACAACAAAAUCAGGAGGAGGUGGCGGCAGUAGUGGUCUUCCUGGAGGAGCUGUAUUUAUCAUAAUACUUGUUGUUCUUCUUUUUGCUUAUUUUGUUGGAUUUGCUGCUUAUUAUCGUUUUCGUUUGGAAAAAGGAGGUGUUGAUUUAAUUGCUCAUCGAACAUUUUGGGUUGGUUUACCUGGUUAUGCAAAAGAUGGUGUUGUUCAUGUAUAUCGACGAGUAGCAAACAAAGGUGAUACUCCAUAUCAAUCAGUUUAA